AUGUCUACCGAUCUUCUCGAGCCUUACGAAAGUACAUCCUGUUCGCUGAAAAAUGCCGAGCCUGCAUAUUCUGUGAACUUCGAAUUCCUGGGUUCGAAUAAUGCUCUACUUCGACUUGAAGCGGAAUUUGCUAGAAGCCCCGGAGCGCAGGAGUUUGAAGUAACUCAACGCCGAUGGCUUAGGCCUCGCAAAAGCGGCCAGUCAAGCGACAGAAGGCCACCCCUCCAGAUUGGUGUCAUUGAUUUCGAAAGAGCCGACUGGCAACUUGAAAUCAAAUCCCUGGAGUUCUACGAGACAUCUUCCAUCGAUGCUGCUUUGAAAUCAUUUUCGCACUCUAUCGGUUUCCGACGCUCUACAACCAUAGGUGACAUUUCUGCAAAGCCUGAGAGAAAAGUCGUCUUUCCGAGUUCAGCUCCGGUAUCUAGGUUUGUGGAAAAGACCGCCAUCCGGUAUAGGCUAAAAAGCACCAAGUACAUAUUAGAAAUAGCAAGCCGAUUAAAGACGGAUGCUUCUCAAGGACAAGCACCAGCACCAGCUUUAGUGACGGGUGAGACCUGUGAUGUCCCAUCCACUUCCUGGGGAGCAUCUAUAUUUGAUUCCAACUGGGAUAACUUGAUGGGAGAGCAAGCCAACCUGUCAGUUGGACAUUCCGCACGGCACAGCCCAGAGCUUCACACUUUCUUCCCUCCGAAGACAAUAUCAGAUUCGAAUGACAAGAACGAAGGCUUCUGGGAGUUUAUUAGCCUAGUGAAGCGAGUAGCGGAAGUUCUAAGCCCAGCACAGCCCCGUUCCAGCUUAGAGAAUACUGCCAGGAAAAUACAGCUGAGCACCGAGUCAUCGAUGGUUCCCACUGCAACCAAAAGCCAGCCACCCUCAAAUGAAUCCUCGCCCAAGCUUGACGUAAAGGGUCUUGCUGGAAUGUUGGACGCCGACCUUGGCACUCUAUUCUAA